UCGUCUGCUUCACAAACAAGGAAACACAGAAUAUAAUACAAAGAGUAGCUCAAACCCAGAUUGAUAGAUCAUGGCGUCCUGUUCCAAAAGAACAUUCGCGCUGAUUCUGUGCUAUGUGCUGCUGCAGCUUGGCGGCGUGGCCCGCGCCGGCAACUUCUACCAGGACGUGGACAUCACGUGGGGCGACGGGCGCGGCAAGAUCAUCGGCGACGGCAACCUCCUGACGCUGUCCCUGGACAGAGCCUCCGGCUCCGGGUUCCAGUCCAAGAACCAGUACCUGUACGGCCGUUUCGACGUGCAGCUUAAGCUCGUCCCCGGCGACUCCGCCGGCACCGUCGCAACUUUCUACCUGUCUUCUCAGGGGUCGGCGCACGACGAGAUCGACUUCGAGUUCCUGGGCAACGCGAGCGGCGAGCCGUACACGGUGCACACCAACGUGUACAGCCAGGGGAAGGGCGGCCGGGAGCAGCAGUUCCGCAUGUGGUUCGACCCCACCGCCGACUUCCACACCUACUCCAUCCUCUGGAACCCCACGCACAUCCUCUUCUACGUCGACGGCACGCCGAUACGGGAGCACCGGAACCGGCAGGCCACCACCGGGGUGCCCUUCCCGACGCAGCAGCCGAUGAGGGUGUACGCCAGCAUGUGGGACGCCGAGGAGUGGGCGACGCAGGGCGGCCGCGUCAAGACGGACUGGUCUAGGGCGCCAUUCACGGCGUCGUACAAGGGGCUGGCGGCGAGCGGGUGCGCGUCGCAGGACGCGGUGGCGUGCGCCAGGUCCAACGGGGCGUGGAUGUACCAGGAGCUCGACACCAUGGCGCAGGACCGCCUCCAGUGGGUGCAGAAGAACUACAUGAUCUAUAACUACUGUGCCGACACCUGGAGGUUCCGGCAGGGCGCCCCGCCCGAGUGCGCCGCCGCCAAGUAGGAUUAUUUAUUUUGGUCUGCAAUUUGAUUUUGUUGCGGAUGCGGGGCCGUGGUAUAGAAUUUAAGUGCGUAUGGAUGACCAUGCAAAGUACUAUACGAUAAAUUCAGCGUGUUGUAUUUGACUA